GGCUGGACUCCGGGCAGAGGCACAUCGGAUCACCAGGCGAAGCAGCAGGCAGCGGGCCACCAGGCGGAGCAGCAGGCCCCGGGCCCCCAGGCGGAGCAACAGGCCCCCAGGCGGAGCAGCAGGCACCAGGCCCCCAGACGGGGCGACAGGCACCGGGCCCCCAGACGGGGCGACAGGCAUCGGGACCCCAGGCGGGGCGACAGGCAUCGGGACCCCAGGCGGGGCGACAGGCAUCAGGCCCCCAGGCGGAGUGGCGGGCGCCGGGCCCGUAGGAGGGGCGACAGGCAUCGGGCCCCCAGACGGGGCGACAGGCAUCGGGCCCCCAGACGGGGCAACAGGCAUCGGGCCCCCAGGCGGGGCGACAGGCAUCGGGCCCCCAGGCGGAGCGGCGGGCGCCGGACCCCCAGGCGGAGCGACAGGUCUCGGACCCCCAGGCGGAGCGACAGGUCUCGGGCCUUCAGGCAGAGCAGCGGGCGCCGGACCCCUAGGCGGAGCGACAGGUCUCGGGCCCCCAGGCGGAGCGGCGGGCGCUGGACCCCCAGGUGGAGCUGGGAGCACCCGCUGGCCAGCCCUGAGGAGCUGCAGAGAUGCACAGCUCAGGUGGGA